AUGGGCAAACCGGAGAAGAAGAGAGCAAGUUCCUCUUACGUUCUUCGCUGUUUCGGGGUUUCCCGGAGAAUUCAGACAGACAAACUAACUGCAGACCCCGGACAAGACAAGAAAAAGAAGACGAGAACUCGUUUUUGGUUUCCACGACCGACAAAGUUUCGUUUGAAGGAAGACGAGAUCACACUGGCGCCAAUAUACGAGACGUCGGAGAAAAGAAACAUGAUUGUUAAAGAUGAUAAGCAAAAUCUGUUUCGUGUGAUACGUCAUGGUACUGAUCGGAAGAAUGUUGCGACUAGUGGUUAUAAAGACGUUCAACAUGAGAGCAACGAGAAAGACACGAAUUUACAAAGAGAUAUAAACCCGGAUCCGUUGAGUCCCUCAGGACACGACUUGUGUCACGAACGCGGGAAACUCGACCGGAUUAAAACCGUUGGAGCAGGGUCGAAGCCGAAAGGAUUAAGGGAGAAGUCGUCACGGGGCAGAAAAGGGUCACGGGUGGGUAAAUUCGACCCGGUAAUUGGUAUAUCAAUCAUAACGCUAACGUUAAUGAUAAUGUUGACGUGGGGACGUUUGUGUGCUAUCCUUUGUACAUCCACUUGGUGUUAUUUUCUACCUCGUCUUAAGGAGGCUACGACUGCGGCCAAAUGCAAACGCAGUGGCAGUUGUAAAGCUGUACCAGGUGAUUUGGAUUUGAAUUCUGACGCUUACAAGAAAAAGGUCGUUUUGGAAGGAUUUCUUGUUCGGCAAUACCGCGUCUAGCUGUAACGACUGUUUCAA